AUGGACCAUAGAGAAAUAAUCCAAAUACUAAACGAAAAAAAAAAAAUAUGUUUACUUAUUGAUGCUUCUAAAUAUGCAACUAUAUUAACAAAUGAUUCUUUUAAAUUUGAAGAAUGUCUAAGAAUUAUAUCAAAAUUAACAUCUGAUUUACGAAUAAUAAACAAAAUUCUAAAUAAAAAGUCUCCAAAAGAUAAAAUAACAUCGUUAACAAACAUUUUAUUACAAUUAUAUGGAUGCAUGCUUGCUCUUACAAACGGAGAUGUAUCACAGGAAAAUAGUAAUGAUAAGAACAAUAUCGAAAGUAACAGCAUCAAAUUUGUCAAAGGUAAAUAUGGGAAGCCACUGCUAGAAUCAUCAAUGCCAAUAAAGUUUAGUAUGACAACCGAUAAACUGUUCUCCUCAAUGUUUUUGACAAAAGGUUUAGAGGAUACUGAAGUUGGGAUCGAUGUUGCAAAUGUAAUUAACUAUUGUGGAUCAAACUGCAUAGAUUUAUUUAGGGAUAUUUUUACCGAGCAGGAAUUUAAUUAUUUAUCCACUUCUCCAAAUGCUACAACAGAACUACAAAAAGCACGGUUAUUUACCAAAUAUUGGUCAUUUAAAGAGUCAUAUUCUAAAUAUACAGGCGAAGGUUUAAAUUGUGCUUUCCAGAAGGUCAAUUUCGGAGAAUUAACUAUAGAGGACGACACUACAAUUAAAACCUAUGAUCUACAUGACGAUAUUGGACUUGUGUUGAAUUUUUAUUCUAAAUGGAUAGAUUCUAAUCGAGUUUUGACGGUUUGCUACAAGUGCUCUAAUGACCAUAAAGACAACUAUAUAGUGCAUAAGCGUAUAGAUUUAAGGGAUGUGCUUAAUUAUUUAAACGGAGCCGAUAUUUUUGAUUAA